AUGAGUAAAACCUCUCACAAGGGUAAAGAUCAAACUCUGAAGUGUUUGACGCAAACCGAUAUUCGAAAUUUUAUCAGCUCUCCAAAUGAUAAAUCUAUUACAUCAAUUACGUCUUCUGUUACGGCAUUAUCAGUAAAUGAAGUGCUUGUUGCAACAACAUUUAGUAAUGAAUCAAAUCACACAGCAAUUGUUCACACAUUCGAGGGUGACUCGAUUUCUAGACCAGAUUCCAAUGAUACAGUUAUUGAAACUUAUCAAGAGAUACAUGCAGUCAAUCAAUCACAAGAAGAUCGAUAUAUGGAAGAUGCCAUGGAAGUUGAUGAGUCAAACGAACGUAUUUCAACAUCAAUUUCAGGAACUCAGCUGCAACAUAAUGAAAAUCUAAAUUAUGAAAUUGCAGUUAAAGUUCAUUGCAUUGAAUCUAUGCUUCAUCAGUGUGCUCAUCUUAUAAAACAAUCUACAGCAACAAAUGUCUCACAUGAAGAAUUUGUGAAAAGUGUCUAUAACUAUGCAACUAAGCUUGUUAAUAGUUCCAACGAAUUACUGCAGCUGUGCUCUCAGAGAAUCGAUCAACUGAAUAAAGAUCGAGAAAAUAUUUCGUUAGUUGAACCAAAAACUCAAACUUUUAUAGAACGGGAUCCUGGCAGUUAUUCUGCAAUUUACAACUAUACAUUUGAUGAACGACGUUAUCUUGUUGAUAUUGGUCCAUUUCAACCAACUUUGUCAGAUUUUCCAAAAAAUAGUACCAUGGCAGCUGCGAAACAUACAUGCAAAUUUGCUAGUAAAUGGUACAAUGAAUUUCCAAUGAUCGAAUAUAGUAUUAAAAAAGACGCUGCGUUUUGUUUCGUAUGUCGACUGUUCCAUGAAGGUCCUGGUAGUCAAAAGAAAGACAGGGCUUGGAUUGAUGUUGGGAUUAAUUGUUGGUCAAAAAUGAAAGGACGAGGUCGUAAUAAAAAAGAGGAACAUUUUUCAUCAAUUUCUCACGUAGCAUCUCAUGAACGUUAUUUGAUUUUCAAAAACAAAUCCUGUAACAUUGACAACUUACUCAACAAAAAUUGGCACAAAGCUCAACAACAAGAAAUUGCAAUAUUUCAAAGAAAUAGGAGUAUUAUUACCACAUUAAUUGAUUCAGCUCGAUUUCUAUGCCGUCAAGGUUUAGCAUUUCGUCGAGAACCAGCUGAAGAAGGUAAUUUUAUCCAAUUGAUUAAUCUUUUACGACGUCGAGAUCCAUUGUUCGAUGAUUGGUUUAACCAGAAACAAAUUGAGAAGUAUCAAGUAUCCUAUUUAAGUGCGCAAUCACAAGAUGAAUUCAUUAAGCUGUUAGGCGAAUAUGUCCAAAAAAAUAUAAUUAACCGUCUUAAUAAUUCAUCAUUUUAUUCAAUUAUGAUUGAUAGUACUCCAGAUGCAUCGCAUCGAGAAAUUUAUACUAUUGUUGUAAGAUAUACAAAUAAUUUCAGUGUUGAAGAAAGACUCAUUACAGCAAUUGAAUUACCAAGCAAGUUUGGUAUUGAUAUAUGUAAUAUGCUUUUUGAUGUUUUAAAGCAGUUUAAUAUUUCAUCUGAAAAAUUGAUUGCACAGUGUUACGAUAAUGCGAACAAUAUGUCUGGCGUUAACAAAGGUGUCCAAGCCUGCAUUACUGACAAAUUACAGCGUGAAAUAAUUUGUAUUCCUUGUGGUGCACACUCAUCUAAUUUGGCAGUUAAACAUGCUUGUGACUGUGACACACAAUUUAUUUCAUUAUUUUAUCUUCUGCAAGAAAUUUAUACUUUUUUCACUUCAAGUAUUAAACGCCAUUACGUACUUCGACAAGAGCUGGAAUCUUCUGAAUACGGCUUAUUGAUAAAAAGGCUUGCAAGUACACGAUGGACUGAAAGUUUCGAAUCAUUACAUGCUGUUGAUGUUUCAUACGAACAAAUAGUCGAAAGUUUAUCGAUAAUUAGUGAACAAGUGACUAAUAAAGAUGCUGCACAUCAAGCCAAAUGUCUUAAAGAGAGAUUAUUAACAUCUGAAAUCAUGUUAUUGUUGUUUUUUAUGGUUAAUGUAACACGUGUAACUCAUUCACUAACUUCUUACUUGCAAGGAAAACAAAUUGAUAUUAUGUCUGCAAUUGAAAUAAUUUCAACUACUUUGCAACUUAUUCAGAAUAUGAGAAAUGAUGAUGCUACUAUGAAUAGUAUGAUUCAACGAACUGCUCAACGUGCAAAAAAUUUUGACAUAGAUGCUGAUAUUGAAUUUCAGAGACUUCACAGACCUCGACAAAAGUCUCGCCGUAUUGAUAGCAAUUGGCAUACCAGUGUUGCAUUAACAAGAGACCAAUAUUAUUUAAAAUUAAUGCGUCAAGUACUAGAUCAAUUGUACUCUGUAUAUAAUGAUUAUCUUAUCACAAUAACAGAUAAGUUACGUUUUUUAAAUAAUGUUACACCAGAUCGUAUAUCACAAUUUUCAUUUAGUGAUGCUGAAAAAUUAUGUGCCAUAAUACCUAAACUUUCUUGUCCAUCAUUGGUUUUCACGGAGUUUGAACUACUACGUCCAGCUAUUUCCACCUGCACAACAAUCGACGAAGUUAUUGCACAUUUAAGAACAGUUGGUCAUGUGUAUCCUCGUGCAUCGCUUGUUUAUAAUUUUCUUAUCACAUUACCGGUUUCAGUAGCAUCAAAUGAAAGAAGCUUUUCCAAAAUGAAAAUCAUCAAAAAUUAUUUGAGAAAUGCGCUAAAAAAUGAAAAGUUCGUUCAUUUGAUGCUGUGUGCUGUAGAAAAUGAUUUGCUUUGUACAGCAAACCUCGACAAGAUGGCUGAUGAAUGGGCUCAAAUGAAAAACCGACGUAUACAAAUAAAUUAUGACAAAUAA